AAACUAAUCAAGUCAAAACUAACAAAAUCAAGCAAAUAACUUGAUCAUCAAUGAAAACUUAGAACUAAUUAAAAAAAAUUUAAAAAACAAAUGGGAAGCCAAAACAAAGGAAGAGACAUUGGGUAGCCACAUAAUCAAAAAGUAGACCCCACAAAAAUCAGAAAUCAAACCCACUAUCUAUCCUCACCAAGAUUACAUUUACAUCACUCACUCAAACAUUACUUGGUUCAAUUUCAAACACCCACUUCACUAGUUCACUCCUCCUUUCUCCAAUGGCAUCCUUAGCAACCACCACCACCCUUUCCCUGAACCACCUCACUCGCAACAACCCCACCACCACAUUCUCUCUCCACCCCCACAAACGCAGACUCACCCCACCACCCCUCUCCGCUCUCCCACCCCUCCUCUCCACCAUCACCGACAUCGACUCCAACCCAACAACACUCGCCGUAAUCGGUGGCGGAUCACUCGCCGCAUCAAUCGCAGCACUAGCAGCAUUGCUCUCGCUAACAGACCCCGAGAAGCGGCGUCAGCAGCAGGCCGAGGUCGUUGGCGGGAGCGACAAGGAGGUUGUUAGAGAAUACUUUAACGGUACAGGGUUUCAGAGAUGGAAGAAGAUUUACGGGGAGACUGAUGAUGUUAAUAAGGUUCAAUUGGAUAUUCGGAUUGGACAUGCUAAAACUGUUGAGAGUGUUGUGAUGAUGUUGAAGGAGGAUGGGUCGCUUAGUGGUGUUUCGGUUUGUGAUGCUGGGUGUGGGACUGGGUCUUUGUCUAUUCCUUUGGCUAAGGAAGGUGCUCUUGUUUGUGCUAGUGAUAUUUCUGCUGCUAUGGUUCAGGAAGCCCAGGCUAAGGCAAAAGAGGAGCUUCAAAUUACCGAUACUAGUCCCUCAUCAAAUAUUGUGAUGCCAAAAUUCGAGGUGAAGGAUUUGGAGAGCUUGGAUGGGAAGUAUGAUACAGUUGUUUGCCUUGACGUUCUUAUUCAUUACCCCCAAGAUAAAGCAGAUGCAAUGAUUGGCCACCUUGCUUCAUUGGCUGAGAAUCGAUUAAUACUAAGUUUUGCACCCAAGACAUUUUUUUAUUCUCUAUUGAAGAGAAUAGGAGAGCUAUUUCCAGGGCCUUCAAAAGCCACAAGGGCAUAUUUGCAUGCAGAGGCUGAUGUAGAAAGGGCGUUGCAGAAGGCUGGGUGGAAGAUUAGAAAGAGAGGAUUAACUACCACACAAUUCUACUUCGCCAAAAUUGUCGAGGCAGUACCUGCAUAAAUAAAUUCAGAGAAUAUAAGGAGGUAAAAGGCAUACUCCAAAGAUAUGAUGGCCUCCCUAAUGGAAUGGCGAAACUCGACUUGGGUGAAACCAAAAUUGUAACCUGGAGAAAACUCAACCGUCUCCGAGAGUAUUUCAUUCUUAUGGUGCCAAAAUUUGAGGUGAAGAAUUUUAAGAGAAUUGACUUAUAUCACCUUAUGUUUAACCUGUACUUUUGUUGACCUUGAUAAUUGGGAAAAAAAUAAAUCACCCCAUUUUUCUUAUGAUCAACAUAAUUUCAUUGCUUCCUCUUCAUCUUGUUUGAGACAUCACGUGUGAUUUUUUGACUAGCCACCUUGGGUAUAAA